AUGGCAGCCAGCACGGGCCCGGGAGUAAAAGUCCCUCGCCAUUUUAAACUGUUGGAAGAACUGGAAGAAGGCCAAAAAGGAGGAGCUGGCACAAUUAGUUGGGGUUUAGAAGAUGACGGAGACAUGACACUUACAAGAUGGAUAGCGCUGAUAAUUGGGCCUCCAAGAACAGUUUAUGAAGACCGAAUAUACAACCUUAAAAUAGAAUGUGGACCUAACUACCCUGAAGUACCCCCCGUUGUAAGAUUUGUAACAAAAAUUAAUAUGGAUGGAGUUAAUAGUUCCAAUGGAGUGGUGGACCCAAAGGCCGUAUUAGUGCUAGAGAAGUGGAACCGUGCAUAUAGUAUCAAACAUGUCCUGCACGAGCUUCAGCAUCUAAUGAUGACGAGUGAAAAUGUAUCACUCCCUCAGCCUCCUGAAGGGCAGUGUUACAGCAACUAA